UUCAGCCUGACGAAUGCAUAGGGUUAAAGUUCGCUGCCAGAUAACGGAAGAUUAUUCAAACAUUUUAAAGCUGUGUUGUCAGCUAUAAACAUUAAUGGCUGUCCAUUUUAAAUUUUAAUUUCACAAGUAUGGGUGUAUUUUAUGUUGUACAUUUUAAAAACACAGGAACUGUAACGUUGCAGGCGCGGCAGGGUACUCAGUGGAGUACAGAGCAUUCGCUCUAGAGAACCACGGCCCUGCCAAAAAUAUCUGAAUCCAAAGAAUUUACUGCGCGAGUAGUUUAUUUUGUGUUGAAAAUGUGUAUAUUUUGAGUUUACGGAUAUGCUGCGCAACAGCUAGGACUUAAGAAAUUAAUUGGUAAACGUAGUCGUAAUACAAAAUCCGAAAAUGAAGCUUGCUAAGUAGCUAGCUUCAUGUGAUUUAAAACUGUGGUAGUAGUAGUAGUUGGCUAGCUAUAGCAACUGGCGGCUAGACAGGCGGAUGAUUAAUCAUUAUUAUAAAUUAGACAUCGUCAGUGAAUGAUAUUUUCGAUCUAUUAGCUGCAGUCCUGGCCUGUAUAUUUGCAAUUUUAUUUUUAUUAUCUGGAAUAGAGACAAAAACGUUCGAAUCAACUAGCCAUAAGGUAACUAUCUGACGAGCUAGGUAGCUAGCUACAUGGCUUUUUGAGCUUGUACCCUGAAAGGCCGUCACGGAUGAAAGUAGUGUUGUAGUAUGUAUGGUGAAUGUCCUGGUUACUGCAACUAGCUUGUUAUUUUACUACCGUUACGCUAGAUAGCUUAGAAGAAACUGUAACGUUAAUUUUUGGGUGGAGCCAUAGCAACGUGUGGACUUAGUUACAAUGAAACAAUCCUGUUUUACUGUGAAAGAGGGCGUCAGUUUGGGCAUCAGAAUGGUGUAAAGUGGAGCUCCCAUGUCUCCGGAUUCGGCGUUCUAGUGUGAAUUAUGAAGCGGAUCGUCUGGCUGGUUACAAGCAUAAACAGACGAAUGAUGAAGUUUCUAGUGGCGCUCGCUUUGAUUGCAUACAUAGCAUCUGUCUGGGGAACCUACACAAACAUGAGGUCCAUACAGGAGCAGGGGGAAAUGAAGAUUGAACACAAGAUAAACGAGGCGGUCGCCCCUCUUCGGGAGAAGAUCCGAGAUCUGGAGCUCAGUCUUUCACAGAAGUACCCUCCAGUGAAGUUCCUGUCGGAGAAGGACAGGAAGCGGAUUUUGAUCACCGGGGGGGCGGGGUUUGUGGGCUCCCACCUGACGGACAAGCUGAUGAUGGACGGGCACGAGGUGACGGUGGUGGACAACUUCUUCACGGGCCGCAAGCGCAACGUGGAGCACUGGAUCGGCCACGAGAACUUCGAGCUGAUCAACCACGACGUGGUGGAGCCGCUGUACAUCGAAGUGGAUCAGAUUUAUCACUUGGCCUCGCCCGCCUCUCCCCCGAAUUACAUGUACAACCCCAUAAAGACCCUGAAGACCAACACCAUCGGGACGCUGAACAUGCUGGGGUUGGCCAAGCGAGUCGGUGCCCGUCUGCUGCUGGCGUCCACGUCGGAGGUGUACGGCGACCCAGAAGUGCACCCCCAGAGCGAGGAGUAUUGGGGCCACGUGAACCCCAUCGGGCCCCGAGCGUGCUACGACGAGGGCAAGCGCGUGGCCGAGACCAUGUGCUACGCCUACAUGAAGCAGGAAGGAGUGGAGGUGAGGGUGGCCAGGAUCUUCAACACCUUCGGCUCCCGGAUGCACAUGAACGACGGGCGCGUGGUCAGCAACUUCAUCCUGCAGGCCCUGCAGGGGGAGCCGCUCACGGUGAGCCAGCGCCCCCUUCAGCUCACACACAGUCACAGUCACACACAUGAUUUGGUGAACGGGCUGGUGUCCUUAAUGAACAGCAACAUCAGCAGUCCCGUCAACUUGGGGAACCCAGAAGAGCACACCAUAUUGGAAUUCGCCCGUCUUAUUAAGAGCCUGGUCGUGAGUCGCAGUCAGAUCCAGUUCCUCCCGGAGGCUCAGGACGACCCCCAGCGCCGACGCCCGGACAUCCGCAAGGCUAAACUCAUGCUGGGCUGGGAACCUGUGGUGCCGCUGGAGGAGGGGCUGAAUAAGACCAUCCAGUACUUCAGCAGGGAGCUGGAGCACCAGGCCAAUAACCAGUACAUCCCCAAACCCAAGCCCGCCCGCAUGAAGAAGGGCCGGCCCAGACACACGUGAGGGACGGGUCCGCAAAACUGCCCCCCCCCCCUCCUCCCCCCCCAAAGAAGAAAUCCUGCGCUCCGAGCCGCCGCAACUUUUGCGUUCAGCGAAUAGCAGACCGGUAACCGUUCUCGUUCGCCCAGACGGACGGACGGACGAACAUGCCCAGAUCGACGGGCAACUCCUAAAACUUAGCCGCAGUCCUCGCCUGUUGGAUUUUCUUAUUUAAAAAAAAGAGAAACUGAAGUUGAGCUGCCCGGUGCUGGGGAGCCUGAUGCGAGGUUGUUUUGUGUGAUCUGUUUUCUGUGUUUUUUUUUUUUUUUACAAGCUUUCUUCGCUCCAGAGGUCUUCGUUUUAUGUAAGAGAAAUUAUUCAGCUUGGUCUUACUUAAGUCGACUUAAGAUGAUACAUGUUUACUCCUGGGGUCAGCAGCGGACACUACCACGUGCGCAUGGGUUCCAGUCCUGGACACUACCACCUGUGCUUUGGUUCCAGUCCUGGACACUACCACGUGUGCUUGGGUUUCAGUCCUGGACACUACUACGUGUGCUUGGGUUCCAGUCCUGGAGACUACCACCUGCGCUUGGAUUCCAGUCAUGGACACUACCACGUGCGCUUGGAUUCCAGUCAUGGACACUACCACGUGUGCUUUGGUUCCAGUCCCAGACGCUGCAGAACACUGGCCUCUUUGUCUUUCUCAUUUUUGAAAACUUUUACAGUCUUGUUCUAAAUUAUGUAUAAAUUUAGCUAAGCUAAAAUGUGUGCAAAUAGAAACGUUGGAGUUGUUUGUUUCUGUGGCGGUGUGUGGACAGUGAAUUCAGACGGGAGGAUUUCUGAGCAUGCUCUACUACAGAAAGAUGAUUGUAUUGCUGACUACUUGGGGAAUACUCUGUUUAAAUAAAAUAUUGACAAAAGAAA